AAUUGGGGGAAGAAGAGAUAGGGGUGGUGGCAAUGUGUUACCAAUAUCAUAUCAUAUAUUCUUUCAUCUUCUUGGGUUAGGGUUCUACACUUGCAAUCUCCUUUCACACCCACCCACCCUUCAACCAUUUCAAUUCCUUCCCUCACCCAAACCGCACUAUCGUUCUUCGACACGGUCCUGUUUAUUAAGCGGUUUGGAUAAAAGAAUAGAAGCGUAAAAUGGCCUUCGUAGCACAUCAACCUCAGGGUUUGUUUGUGACAUCUUCCUCGAGGCGUUUGCCAUGGAGCAAAAGGCUGAAGUUGAAGCAGUGUUUAACAAAACAUCACAUGAUUGGAAGAACUGACCGGCAUUGCCUAGUAAAGUGGAAUGCUUGUUUAAGUUUAGGGCCUCCUUGCUUUUGUGUAUCCAAGUUCAAACCUUUAAGGAUUUCAGGCUUCAAAGGCAGCACCCAAAAUGAUGAUUCAGGAAUCAGAGCUAAUCGGUUGAAGGCACCCAAUACUUCUGUUAGAUUAGGAGAGAGCGGGGAGGCUCACAAUGUUCCACUGUCUUAUGCAUCUGAAACAAAUGAUAGCAUUGCAACAUCAUCUGCUAUUCAUAGACUUUUCAAUAAAUGGCUGACAAUGUUGCGCACGCAACCAUCAAGCCAAGAAGUGGAGAAAUUUUUUGAAGAACCUACAUCAGCAGGAAUUUUACCAAAAACUCAACAAGGGACUCAAAUUAAGGAAAGCCGUGCGGUUUUGAAGGUGGCAUGGUCCCAUUUUCUGGCCCUCGAUGCAACAAUAAAGAUUCCUUUGCUGGUAUUUGUUCCUCUCUACCUGGCUGUUAAUGUAAAAUAUGGUGCUGAAGUUUCCAAGGAGCUAACUCCUUUAUGGAUUUUGGGCCCAUUUAUUGUGGCUACCCAAGUCUUGGCAAUCCGAUGGUUAUGUGCACUCUAUGUUUUCAGCUUCAAACAGACUGUCAAAUUACUCAAGAAUUCUCCCUCUUACUGCAUUUUGGCCCACAGCUACGUUUUCCGUGGCAAGCUCAAAGAGGAUAUCUCAACUUAUGUUCUGCAGCCUAUAUUGAGCGUAAAAAAUAGAGACUAUAAACAGCUAACAAGAAAAAAGUUGAAAGAAUUGCAGGAAUGGAUAGUGGAGAUGUAUCUUGAUUAUGUGGAAUCGAUCUGGCCCUACUAUUGUCGAACAAUCAGAUUUUUGAAGAGGGCUAAUCUUAUUUAGGUUUGAAAAUUGAAAAUAUUCUUAGGGGUAGUCUCCUGAAAGGCUAAAGAGAGGGAUGAAGGAGGGAAUACUACGUAGCGUUGAAAUUUUUAAAUGAGAUAUGGCCAAUCCCAUUUUCUGUUGGGUUUUGGUGUUGAGCAAGUUAAUGGUCAUGAGGAAGUUAAGUUUCUAAUUCAUGUUAUAUUGAAAACGUUACUUUAUUCUUAGAUUAGAUUGUAAUAUUUUUUCUAAUCGCUGCUUUUGUUUUGAGGUUCUGUGUGAGAUUGAUUCUAUUCUGCAACUAGUACUAUGGCAGAGUUUCUCCCCAACCCUCCAUCCUUUGUAUUAUUAUGUUAACUUGGGAAACUAUUGAUGUGUGGGAACCUCGACCUGGUUGAAUUGGCGAUUGAUAAGGCUUGGCCGAGUGAGUGUUCAUGCAUUGUCAACCUCUAAAAUAGCCUAAGAAGAUAUGUAAUGUUUUGGGGCUUCUUUGCCCCACUGAGUGUAAUAUUUGUCAGCCAGAAUCCGGAGAAUGCAUUGCUUGUAGAAUGACCCUGCAUAGUGAAGGAAGAAAGCGGAGAUGACGAAUCACCUCUUGAUUAGGGAUUUUUGGCUGAAUUCUGACUUCUAGAGAUAAAACAGUGAAGAGAGAGAGAGAAUUGAAGUUGUCUUUGCAACAUGGAAACAUUUCAUUAACUAUGAUGGUUGGAUC